UACGAAUCGCUCUCCUCUUGCUCCGGGGGUUCAUGUUUGUUGGAUUAUUAUUUUGGUGCUAGGAGCUAAAUAUGCAGAAAGUAACUUGCAGAUGGUGCCACCAGGUGUAAUAAUUGCAGGAAUAGGUGAAGAGGUCACCUUCGAGUGUCAAGCAUCGCUGAGUGGCGGAAGUGCGGACGUUCAAGUCGAUUAUACUGUCUUCCAUCCGCCAUUCCCCGUUGGCGAAGUCGAAAAUAGUGAGCUUUUGGUCAUGACUGAUAUCAGGGAUAAUGGCAUGUCUAUUGUACGAUUCCGGAUUACAAGCAUGGAGGCGCAAAAAUCAGGACGAUAUAUUUGCGAAGUGCCCUCAACGGGGGAAACCGUAUCCGCUGUAUUGGUGUCUCCGAUGGCCCUCGCGAAUCCGAAUGGAAUUUUCGUAGCACAGCCUGGCGACACCGUCACUUUAACCUGCCUCGCCAGCAACUACACGUCACUUGAAGCUAGCUUUGCGCGUGACGCAAGCUUCUCCAAUUUCUGGCCCGUGACUUCGUCUUACAGACGCCGCCGACGUUCAGUACGCACGACAAGGAACGUGAAUACUGAUGAACUGAAUCUGUACACCAGUAUUACAAAGGUCAUGGACAAUGUGGGUCAAGCUGAUAUGGGUAGAUACGUAUGCCAAAGUACAAACACAGAAGAUAUGAACGCCAAAGACACAGUGGACUUGAUUGUACUGGAAGCACAGUCGUCUGGAGACGUGUAUCCUGAAGUUGGGGAUACCGUCAUUCUCAAUUGCUGGGUGAAAGAAGUCAGACAGAGUCAGCAGCGAGUUAACUGGUACUUCAGCGAUACCUGGCUAAACAAAGAGAAAGGCUACUACUAUGAUCUCGACCAAGAUGACGUAUUUGAUAUAAUGAUAUUUGGACAGACACUUAGCAUAUUAAAUGUCACAAAGUCACGCUCCGGAACAUAUACAUGCAAAGUUGCCAUAACAAUAGAAGAUCAAGACUACUGGGCGUCGCCGAAGUAUCUCUUUGUUGAUGUUCACGGGGGACCAGCCGGACCAGUCAGCGCUCAUCCGGCUCUCACAGACUUAUCUGCUAAUAGUAUUUCUGCUCCACCAGAUACUUCAGCUGCCACAAUGUCGACGUGGGAUGUAUGGAUAUCGAGCAUCCAGAUUGGUGUGAUAUGGUAUUUCUCGCCAACGAAUGUGUUUGUUACCUCUCUCUGACCGAUGUUGACGAUUUCGCUCGGGAACACAGUGCCAUAAAUUGAGUAAAAUAUGGUAAAACGCGUUUGUAUUACUUCGGAAGGACUGGCUCCUCCACCGCAAAAGCUGCAAUGAAAUGAUCCCGAAUUAUAUAUCAUAUACUGUCAAUGGAGAUAUUAAUACUAUGGCCCAAUGAACUUUUUUCUCAAGGAAGUUAUAUUUUAAGCUUGUUCAUUUAUUUAUUAAUUAUGAAUUUUAAAUCCAUCUAUGCAUUGUUUAUUUAAUAUUGAUGUCCUUGCAACGUUUUAUUUUGUAUAAUCCCGAACUAUGAAGCAGAUAUCUAUACCGUAACACAUUAAUACCGUAUAGAAGUUCCAAGUUCGAAUACUUAAGUGGCGCAAAUGCUACUCUCGCCUUGUAUGGAAUAAAGAGAAACGUUGUUGUUUUUUCUAUAAAAUUAGUUAAAAUCAAGUUUAUCAUCUAGAUUGUGUUUUAUGUGAAUAGUUUAAACGAAUUCCUGUAUGAUUGUUUGCGUCAAAUAAAUGGUGCAAUGUUGUCACAAUGUAAACAUGGAAUUUAGAUUUAGGAUUU